GCGGCCCAGCGCCUCCCCCUGACGCAAGGCCUUGCCUCGCGGUGCCCCAGCCUGCGGGGUCGCAGACUCCCCAGCCCGGCUUCAUUGGCCCGGCUCCGCGCUGAACGCCUGACGUACACUUCUCCUUUGACGGCCCCCGCGCGGUACCUGGGCAGAUUCUCUUCCUCCUGGUCGGGAGAAGGCCGGCUGGCCGGAUGGCGGCUGUAGAUGACUUGCAGUUUGAAGAAUUUGGUGAUGCAGCUACUGCUCUGGCAGCAAACCCAGAUGGCAGCGCAAUAAGCAUUGAGGAUGCUGGUGAGACCCCAAAACAUCAGCCAGGACCCCCAAGAGGCGCAGGGAGAGAAGAGGAUGACGAGUUACUGGGAAACGAUGACUCAGACAAAACUGAGUUACUCGCUGCACAGAAGAAAAGCUCCCCCUUCUGGACGUUUGAAUACUACCAGACCUUCUUUGACGUGGACACGUACCAGGUCUUCGACAGGAUUAAAGGCUCUCUCUUGCCGAUCCCGGGAAAGAACUUCGUGAGGCUGUACAUCCGCAGCAACCCCGAUCUCUAUGGCCCCUUUUGGAUAUGUGCCACGUUGGUCUUUGCCAUAGCAAUCAGUGGGAAUCUUUCCAACUUCUUAAUCCAUCUGGGAGAGAAGACAUACCAUUAUGUGCCUGAGUUCCGAAAAGUGUCCAUAGCGGCCACGGUCAUCUAUUCCUACGCCUGGCUGGUCCCCCUGGCGCUCUGGGGCUUCCUCCUCUGGCGAAACAGCAAGGUCAUGAACAUCGUUUCCUACUCGUUCCUGGAGAUCGUGUGUGUCUACGGGUACUCGCUGUUCAUCUACAUCCCCACGGCAAUCCUGUGGAUUAUCCCCCAGAAAGCUGUGCGCUGGAUUCUAGUCCUGAUUGCCCUGGGCAUCUCGGGGUCUGUCCUGGCAAUGACAUUCUGGCCAGCUGUCCGUGAGGAUAACCGGCGCAUCGCCUUGGCCACUGUGGUGACAAUCGUGUUGCUCCAUAUGCUGCUGUCUGUGGGCUGCUUGGCAUACUUUUUUGAUGCCCCUGAGAUGGACCAUCUCCCGACAGCUACAGCUACUCCAAACCAAACCAUGGCAGCAGCCAAGUCCAGCUAAUGGGGAAGUUCUUGUCUGUGGAGUGUGGCAGUGUGCGACCCGGCAUCCACAGCAGCAAAGCCGAAUGACCCAAGCCCGCAGGGACUGGAUGUCGUGGCGCCCGCCUCCUCCCUCUGGCUGGGCCGUGCUGGAGCCUCAUCACCUGCUUCACAGAAACACGCGUCUUUCAGCCCUUUUUGUCACUUGUCUGUGACCUCACUGACGAUGCGCUGGCUUGGGAUGGAAUGUGGGGGAAGGGGUUCGCGCUCCCUCGGGUGCCUCCUACCUGCCUCCCGUGGUGAGGUGACCCACUUCCCCAGGUCUGCCUCGCACUCCUGAAACAGACCCGGCCCACUUUCCCACGUCCUUUCUCUGAAUUCCGUAGACCGCCUGGCUGGGCAUCCUACAGUAGCCCAACAGUAGGAACUCUGGGGUUAACUGGGAGCUUGAAUAUUGGUCUUUGGUAACCUGAUCCUGGGCAGCUGCACCUAAUGAUUGCAAAAUAAAUACCUCAUAGGAUAUCUGCUUAUUAUUUUUAAAGAU